UAUUCAAAACAUGGAACCAAAUCAAACUUAAUUAACUCGAUUCUCUUCUUUCUCGUUGUCGUUGUUGCCGUUGCUACUACCAUCAUCGUUCGAUGGGAAGUUGCAUAUCGGCACCAAAAAAACUAGUAGGUAUAAUAUCAAAGAAAGAUCAUUAUAGUUACAAACCUAAACCAAGACCCAAAUCGAAACAUGCACGUUUUGGCCCCGAACGUAUACGGAGAUCGUUAAACUUACGUAAUAGGGUUUUGAAGGAUUCAUCGGGAAGCAACAUCUCAGGAAGGUAUAAGAUCAGAGAAGAGCUAGGGAGAGGCGAGUUCGGGGUCACGAGCAAAUGUUUCGAUUUGAAAACCGGGGAGCCUUACGCGUGCAAGAAGAUAUCGAAGGCGAGACUGCGGACGGAGAUCGACAUCGAAGAUGUAAGGAGAGAAGUUGAGAUCAUGAAACAUUUGCCUAAGCAUCCGAACAUUGUGGCCUUUAGGGAAGCCUUUGAAGAUAAAGAAGCUGUAUAUCUUGUAAUGGAGCUUUGCCAUGGCGGUGAACUCUUUGAUAGAAUCGUCGCUAAAGGUCAUUACACGGAACGAGCCGCCGCUAGAGUUGUGAAAACCAUUUUAUAUUUGUUGCAGGUAUGCCAUGAACAUGGAGUGGUACAUAGGGAUUUAAAACCAGAGAAUUUCCUGUUGGCGGAUGAGAAUGAAACUGCCUCUAUAAAAGCAAUUGAUUUUGGCCUUUCCAUUUUCUAUAAACCUGGUCAGCAGUUCAAUGACAUUGUUGGAAGUCCUUAUUAUAUGGCUCCAGACGUUUUAAAAAGGAACUAUGGCAAAGAAGUUGAUAUUUGGAGUGCUGGUGUUAUCCUCUAUAUCUUGCUUUGUGGAGUUCCUCCCUUUUGGGCUGACAAUGAAGAAGGCAUUGCACAAGCAAUAAUAAGAGGAAAGAUAGAUUUUGAAAGGGAUCCAUGGCCUAAGGUUUCUGAGGAAGCAAAGGAUCUUGUUAAGAGAAUGCUCGACCCCAAUCCUAGAACUCGGAUAACCGUUCAACAGGUUUACGAACAUCCGUGGAUACUAAACUUGGAACAUGCUCGAAAUGUGAAUCUUGGAGAACACGUGAGAGCAAGGAUUAAGCAAUUCUCAUUGAUGAACAAGUUCAAGAAAGAAGUUCUUAGGGUCGUAGCGGACAACUUACCGGAUGAACAAGUGGAUUCAAUCACGGAGAUGUUUAAUAUGAUGGAUACUGAUGAAAGCGGUAACUUGACGUUCGAGGAACUUAGAGACGGGCUUAAGAAAAUCGGACAUUCUCUCGAUGAUCCUGAUGUUCAGAUGUUAAUGGAAGCAGCGGACAUGGAUGGAAACGGGAUUCUGAGCCGGGAUGAGUUUGUAAUAAUGGUGGUUCACCUGAAACGGAUCGGAGGCAACAACGAGCUAUUGUCUCAAGCCUUUACUGUGUUCGACAAGAACCGAAGUGGUUACAUCGAACUGGAAGAUCUGCAAGAAGCUUUAUGCCACGACAACGUUCAUCAACAGCUUAUCAAAGACAUCAUGGCCGAUGUCGAUAAAGAUAAGGAUGGACGAAUCAGUUACGAAGAAUUCAAGGCAAUGAUGGCAACAGGGACGGAUUGGAAGAUGGCUUCUCGACAAUAUUCCAGAGCUUUGCUAAAUGCAGUCAGCAUGAAAAUAUUAAGACAAUCUGUUCAAUUAAAGUGAUAUAUAUUGUAUCGAUGUAA